AUGACCAAAAACUGCAUAAAGCAGCUCCAGCCACUAUUCAUCCUUCCUACAGCCUCCACUCCACAACCGUCUGAGACACCUCCAGAGGAUGAGAGUACUUCUGUUUCCACAGUCUCUGAUUCUCAACAACAGCAACACGAUGAUGCAGAGACAUCGCAGCUGCAGCUACGGCGACGGCGGGACCCAAAGUCAACGCCACCGCCACAGUCAACCCCUGAUGAGACUGGUUCUGAACAACAACAACAACAAGAUGAAACAGAGACAGCGCAGCUGCAGCGACGGCGACGGCAGAAACCAAAGUCAAGGACACCGCCACCGUCACGGAAAGGGCAGAAACCUCUGGCAACCAUUGUUGAGUCCGCCGAGGAAACAGCAGGAAUAGGAAAAGAUGAUGAUGAUGAUGAUGAUAAGAAACAGCAGGAACAGGAGAAGAAAAAGGCGCCGGCACGGGAGGGAUCAUCUUCAUCAAAACCAUCAUCAACUACUGAAACUCAGCCCGCUAGAGAUGAUGCAAAGCAGGAGCAACAGCCGCAGGAACAGCAAAAGAAACAGGCGCCGUCACAGGAGGAAUCUUCAUCAUCUAAACCAUCAUCCACUACUGAAAUUCAGCCCCGUGGAGAUGGUGCAAAGCAGGAGCAACAGCCGCAGGAACCGGAAAAGAAACAGGAGGAAGGAUCUAGUUCAUCAUCCACUGCUAAAACACAGCCUGCUGGAGAUGAUGCAAAGGAGGAGCAACAGGAAAAGAAACAUGACGAGGGAUCUAGUUCAUCAUCCACUGCUAAAACACAGCCUGCUGGAGAUGAUGGUGAUGAUGCGAAGGAGGAGCAACAGCUGCAGGAAGAGGAAAAGAAACAGGAGGGAUCUAGUUCAUCAUCUGCUACUAGAACACAGCCUGCUGGAGAUGAUGGCGAUGAUGCAAAGCAGGAGCAACAACUGCAGGAAGAGGAAAAGAAACAGGAGGGAUCUAGUUCAUCAUCCGCUACUAGAACAACACAGCCCGCUGGAGAUGAUGGUGAUGCUGCAAAGGAGGAGCAGCAACUGCAGGAACAGGAAAAGAAACAUGAGGGAUCUAGUUCAUCAUCCACUACUAAAACACAGCCUGCUGGAGAUGAUGGUGAUGAUGCAAAGGAGGAGCCACAGCUGCAGGAACAUGAGGAGGGAUCUAGUCCAUCAUCCACUACUAAAACACAACCAGCUGGAGAUGAUGGUGAUGAUGCAAAGGAGGAGCCACAGCUGCAGGAACAUGACGAGGGAUCUAGUUCAUCAUCCACUACUAAAUCACAGCCUGCUGGAGAUGAUGGUGAUGAUGCAAAGGAGGAGCCACAGCUGCAGGAGAAGGAAAAGAAACAUGAGGAGGGAUCUAGUUUAUCAUCCACUACUAAAACACAGCCUGCUGGAGAUGAUGCAAAGCAGGAGCGACAACUGCAGGAACAGGAAAAGAAACAGGAGGGAUCUAGUUCAUCAUCCACUGCUAAAACAAAGCCCGCUGGAGAUGAUGCAAAGCAGGAGAACCAGCGGCUGGAACAGGAAAAGAAACAUGAGGGAUCUAGUUCAUCAUCCGCUACUAAAAAGCUCGCUGGAGAUGAUGCAAAGGAGGAGCAACAGGAAAAGAAACAGGAGGCGGGAUCUAGUUCAUCAUUCGCUACUAAACCACAGCCCGCUGGAGAUGAUGGUGAUGCAAAGGAGGAGCAACAGCAGGAACUGCGCCACCAGCCAGGAAAGGAGCCUGUCGUCGGUUCUUCUUCAUCGACCACUACUAAACCACGGCCCACUGGAGAUGAUGGUGAUGCAAAGGGGGAGCAACAGCAGGAACAGCAAAAGGAGGAACAGCUUCACCGGCCAGGAAAGGAGCCUGUCGUCGGUUCUACUUCAUCAUCUGCUACUAAUCCACAGCCCGCUGGAGAUGAUGGUCAUGAUGCAAAGGAGGAGCAACAGCGCCACCGACCGGGAAAGGAGCCUGUUGUCGGUUCUACUUCAUCAUCCGCUACUAAACCACAGCCCGCUGGAGAUAAUGGUCAUGAUGCAAAGGAGGAGCAACAGCGCCACCGGCCAGGAAAGGAGCCUGUCGGUUCUACUUCAUCAUCCGCUACUAAACCACAGCCCGCUGGAGAUGAUGGGCAUGAUGCAAAGGAGGAGCAACAGCGCCACCGGCCAGGAAAGGAGCCUGUCGUUGGUUCUACUUCAUUGUCCAUUACUGAUCAAAAUCAGCUCGCCAGAGAUUCUGCGGAAUGGAGGAUGGAUUUCGAGUUGGGUUGGAUUGAAGCUAUGGAAGAAGAAGAAAGGCUACAUCCGGGAGUCAUCACCCUUUUGGCUAGGUUUCUUCACACCUGCUGCUGCUGCGCAUGCAACAAUCUCAGUCAGCUCCGUAGUCGUCGCUACUAUCACCUCGUCGAUGAACAUAAUGGCUGCUUUGCACCUGCAGUGCACUCCUCUCCUUGA